UUUACUGAAGUAUGACAAUUUAGUACUUUUUCCACCACUGCCUAUAGCAGACCUCGACAGGGCAAGUUCAUCGUUAGUAGUUGUUCUCUGCCUUUGAUCGUUCUCAUAAAAUAACAAAGCUGCUGUAUGUGUAUCUAUAACCAGUGUGAAGGAAUCUCCCAGAGUUAAGAAAUAAAUUAUAAUGAGCCCGUUUUAAAGGAGCAGUAUUACUUUAAUCCACUAUUAGCCAGUGCUUCUACUCUGAACACCCAGGUCACAGUCUUUAUUUAAAUGACUUUAAAGAUUCUCCCUAUCAGACUAGAGCUGUUCACAUGACUUAUCCCAUGAUGACCAUGGUCGAUGUGUUUGGCCAACACAGGGUGUAAGUCCUAAAUACUGUUGAUGUUAGUCACUGGGUUCUAGCCUGCAUCUCAGUCUCACAGACACCACUAUCACCCCCACCUCCUCACUGUAUCAGCCUGUUGUCUUUGGUCAGGUUUGACUACUGCAGGUUCAUAGAGCUAGACUACAUUCCAAUGGAGACAGGCUUUAUGGUUUCAAUGCGCCCAACGGAUCGAGGAUAUCUCACUACCAAGUCUCCGGAGCGGCACUGUCGACGGACAGCUGCCCCAGUCAGCAACAGAGAUCCCUAUGGCAACGCCUCUCUCAGCAGUAGCACUAACUCUGGCUCCUGCAAGGGCAGUGACUGCAGCCCCACCAAGGGGCGUCACAUGAAGGCAUACACCUCAUGUACAGAUAACCAUGGCAUCCGCCCCCCUCCCCCCGAGCAGUACCUCACACCCCUGCAGCAGAAAGAAGUGUGUAUCAGACACCUGCGGGCCCGCCUCAAGGAAACCGUCGACAGGCUGCAGGACAGGGACUCUGAGAUCGAUGAGUUGAGGACCCAGUUGUCUCGUAUGCAGGAGGACUGGGUUGAGGAAGAGUGUCACCACAUGGAGACCCAGCUGGCUCUGAAGGAGGCGCGCGUGGAGACCCAGCUGGCUCUGAAGGAGGCGCGCGUGGAGAUUCAGCAGCUCAAGGAGGUAGUGGACAUGGUGCGCAACAACCUCAGCUCCAGCGACUCCACCGACACCGGCGUCCAGAAAUACUUCCAGGACAUCAACGUCCAGAACCACAAGCUGGAGACCCUGCUGCUCAGCAUGGAGCUAGCUCAGAAUGGGGUGGCCAAGGAGCAAGAGUCUGCUGCUGCUGGACGAGGAGCGGCAGGGUGGUCUGGGGCUGGGUGGCCUGGGACUGGGAGGUCUGGGACUGCGGGGUCAUGGCCCGGAAGUAGUCCCGCUGCAUCAGGGACUGGAGGGGGUGGCUCCAAGAGUCUGUGUGGGUCCUGUGAUGGCUCCCCCGCCCGCUCUCUGACCCAUAGCUUCACAUACACCAAGCUGAGCGACCAUGCGCUGGCGGAUAAGAACGGGGACGGCCUGUCAGGGGAGGAGACCCAUGACAGCGGCUUUGUGUGCUGUGGGGAGAGUCACAGUCACAGUGCAGCCAGCAGUCGCAGUGCAGCCAGCAGUCAGAGAGCAGACCUGCUCCUGGAGGCAGCCUUCCUGUCUAAGGAGACAGCCUCUCUGCUCAGCACCUACUCCCAUCUGCCACACUUCUCCACCUACGAGAAGCUGUGCUCUGGGCAGGACAGGGUGGCGCCCCUGCGCUGUGCCAUGGGUGAGGCAGGCAGCGCCAGCCACCCCUGUCUGUCCCACCACCACCUUUACCUGCACCACCCCAGGGAGCAGGCCGUCCAGACAGAGAGCUGCCCCGUGCCCGUGGGGGUGGGCUACGCCUCUGACCUGGACACCAUCGCAGAGCGCACCUUCCGCUCUCAGGCCUGCAGCCCCACCUCCACCUGGGUCUCAGACGAGGGAGACGACCUGGACUCGGUUACCGCGACGUCAGUCACCACAACAACCCUCACAGCUACAACAACAGAGCCCCGUCCUGGCCCUCCGUUACCCAGCUCUUCCUGCCUCUCUGUGGAGGAGGAUGGGGAGGCGCUGGGGGAGUUGGAGAGGCAGACGGAGGUAGUGGGAGAGAGUGCAGGAGGGAUGGUAGAGGUAGGCAAGCAGGAGGAGAACGGGGGAUUGGUACAGUUGUGUGAGCAGGAGGAGGUAAAGGUGCUGGGAUCGGUGGGGGAGGGGAAGCAGGAGGAGGUCAGGGAGUUAGAUGUAGAUAAUCAGAGGGAGGAAGUGGAGAUGGUGGAGGUGAGGUCAGUGGAGGUGGAGGAGGUGAGGUCAGUGGAGGUGGAGGAGGAGGAGGUGAGGUCAGUGGAGGUGGAGGUGCAGCCCCAAACCUCCCAGCCCAGGAGCAGCUUGCUGCAGCAGGAGGAGAUCGCUGGGGUGACGGUGGUGGAGGUUAAUGAUGAUGAUGAAGAUGAAGAUCAGGCUGAGGUUCAGGGAGCAGUAGGCGGAGAAGAGGAGUCUACCUCGUCUGGGUCUGGACCCCCAGUGAAGAGCUACUGGAGCCGCCACUUCCUGGUUGACCUGCUGGCGGUGGCGGUGCCCGUGGUGCCCACGGUGGCGUGGCUGUGCCGGGGGCCGCGGGGUGAUGCUCUGCCCGUUUACCACUUCGGCUCCCUGCUGCGUGGCUGCUGCACUGUGGCCCUCAGCUCCCUGCGCAGGGGCGGAGGCAUUAGGCACUACCCCGCGGGCACGGGUGGAGGAGCCAUGGGGGGCACAGAGAUCUGAGACAGGCCCCAUGACAGCCUGGGAUCUGCACACACACAACCCUGCCCUCUCUGGUCCUGGGUCGUCCUCCACCUGAAGUACUGGGUAAAGGAAUGACAGGACAGCCUCCCAGCAAACCGUAUAACUCUCUCCUUUGAGCCUGGCUCCUGGUGACCUCUUCCACCUCCUCCGCCGGACUGAGAAGAGACACCAGGAUGUGUUGAUGUGACACUGAAUGGUAGAACGGAAUGAUUGAAUGGACACUGAAUGACCUGAGGGUGUGACUGAUGGUGAUUGUAAACUCUCUCUCUCUAGUGUGCAGGAAGACUGAAAGGUCAGUCUAUGUGGGUCUCUUCAUUGGUCCAAUUCAAUUUUGACUCAUGUAUAACUAUAUGUGCACACGACGUGUGUUGCGUGUGUGUUCUUCUCUGUUGUGUCGUUGUGUAGCCAAAGCACCUGGAUGUCUGAAGCCAAUCACAGCCAUAGCUGUGCAGUAGUUGCUAUGCUCAUUUAGGAGUGAAUGACUGGACAUAUGGCAGUUCCCCCCUAAAGGUACCAAGCAAGCUGCUGCUGUACAUUUCUGCUUCCUGUCACUGGUGUCCUAGAUUAACAAUCCCUCUUGUAGAAUUCAGUCCGUGUCCAUGGUCCAAGAGUUAGUCAUUCCAGAUCCAUGAACCGGAAACAUCUCAAGAAGGAAGCAUUUAUAGAGAUAUAAGAUUUAAAAAUAGGAAAAAUGUAUUAUGGAGUUGGUGUGAGGAUUGUCAUGGUAAUCUGUUGUUAUUUGAAUGUUUGCGUUGAAAUCAAAUGAUGACUGAGUUGGCAGAAUUUUGUCUUGUUAUUUUGGGCUGUAAUGAAUAUGAAGUCAUUGAGAUGUUAAAUAAUUGAAAGGCUGAGCAAGCAGAAGCUGUACUGUAAUGGUUUGAUAUUUGUCUUUGUUAGGGACUAAUGAGCCGAACAUGGGCUAACUGAUGUCUUAAAGAUUGUGAUGCAUCCAGCAAGAACAGUCCUUUGAGUUGAAGUAUAUUGAGUUCUUCAGAGAAGAAACGGGACAGAUCUUGUGAUUUAUUGCCAUUUUGUUUUGCACUAUUAUUCACUUUAUGAGGUUAAGCAUUUCCCUUUUCCCAAUUGCUUGAAGUCAAGUUUGUGUUUCCAAAGUCUAAUACGUCCACAGUUUUGCGUCAGUUUUUUUUUUGGUGUGUGUGCAAUAUAAUUUUGAACAGAUAUAACUGUAUUAUGGAAUAAGUUUCCAAAGCAAAAGUGAAAUAAUCAACUGUAACAAGAAACAGUGAAUUGAAUUUAGAUUGUAGCAUAGUUUAAGUGUCAUUAACUUAGAUCCUGCCCAUUACAGGCAUACCACUUUCCUUUGAACUCUGAAAAACAGUUGCCUUCCAUCACUUUCUUUCUUGUACACAAUAGUGUUUUAGCCACUAAAUGUUUUGCUGCUUCGGAUGUGCGUUUAUGGCGUUGCUCUGUAUUCCUGUUAUUUUCUGCUGCUUGACAAUCCCUUCUCUGCGUGGUUUUGCUUAUUCCACCUCUUCACUAUGACUUCCAGCACUUAUGAGUAGUAAAUCACGAGCAGUGAUGACAACAUAGAUGAUGGGUGAAUGAAGGAAGGUGAUGAUGAUGAUGAGCUUGAAGGCCUCUUACACACAUUGCACUGUUGUUAUGGCAUGUGCUUUACAGCAGAUUGAACAACUUCCACAGCCCUGUUGGGAUUUGUGUAAUGUGACUCAAUAUUCUGGGUUUGCUGUAAUUUCUCCCCCUUCAUGUAUCAUCAUAAUUACCCCCCACCGCCAUUUGUGAGGCCUGCUUGGUAAGGCCUCUAAAUGUUUCAUUAAAAGCCAUAUUCCUUCCUGUGAGGGAACGUGUUUUGAGAAUGACUCUAGCAGAAUAGCAAUCAUGAAAGUAUAGUUUGAGUGAUAAUCAUAUUGAUAUGCAUCUAUAGACUGACUCAGCUGAAGUUUCCCCAACAGAACAUGGCGUGUAGGUCCAACCCCACUCAGGCUGGGAGUUAUUGGUCGGACUGACUCAGCUGAAGUUUCCCCAACAGAACAUGGCGUGUAGGUCCAACCCCACUCAGGCUGGGAGUUAUUGGUCGAUCGCGAGUUCCUGCCCGACUAGGACUGGGUGCGCAGGCGUUCCAUUGCGUCAAUACCAAUGGUUCCGUGCCACAUCAUCAACUGUGCAGUCUGGCAUCAGAUUGCUAUAUCAUAUGAUGUGGUUAGCUGAUAUUAUGUUCUAGACCUAUCCAGGCAUUGUAAGAUCUGGCAUGCAUCUGCAAUGUAGUCAUGCAGGAACUCAAUUAUUUUAUACAUUUCUUGAGCAAUUCAUUGGUGUUUUAAAGGAAAAGUCCCCUCAUAAAUGACAGUUUGGUAUUUUCUUCAUUAGUCCACUGUUAAUACAGUCCCAAAAUGUUUUGCAUUUCAGCAGUGAUGUGGCCGGUGACACUU